AUGAGGGCGCAGGAAGCCGCUUCCAGCUCUCUUGUGUACGAUAGGAACCGAGUCCGAACCGAGGACAGUCUUCAGAAGCAACGGGAACGGGCCAAUAAAAGAGAAAGGGACCGAACUCGGGUAAGUCGGUUCGUAUUUUAGGACUCUAUGCAGUGCCUUGUAGCUAGUGAGAUCUUGAUUUAUAUGUGCUAUGACAUUUGAUCUGCUAAAUUAUCGGAGAAUCAAUCUCUUGGCCUUUUAUUGUUCUUUUGAAGGUAUCAGAUUACCGCGCUCAGAUUUUUCGGAAAUAAAAACUUAAAAAUGAAUUAAUGCGCGCCUAUUUUAAUUAGAAAAGGAGUUAGAGGUUUCUAGAGUGCACCGUAAUUAUUAUUCUAACUAAUAAUUUUCUGUUUUCUAUGAAUUUUAAAUUAGUUUUGAUGAUUUCAUGGCAUUCAAUGUACAUCUUUGGCAUAAAAACUAUAUGCCAUGUAUUUUUAGGCCCUCAACGCAGCAUACACUAGACUCCGACAGAAGAUCCCCUCAUUACCAUCUGACAAAACAAGUAAAAUUCACACUCUUCGGGUUACUGUAGAAUAUAUUCAAUUUUUACGUGAGGUGAGCUAAUUUUCCAUAAUUAGUAAAGCCAAAAAUAUGCGAUUACUUUGACUAAAAAACUCUGGAUUUCAGCUAGCCUCAGAAAAUAACACUUUGAACGUUGAUUUGGCCGUAAAUGAGAACAAUCAGAUCAACAUCCCAGCAACGUUUAACUCGUGGAGGACGGGAAUUAAUCAAAGGAAAGCGAUGAAUGCGGUGAUGAAAUGUCCAGGGCCUAGCACUUCCAAAGCAUGCGAGAAUUUACAGGGUAAAUAAGUUACUGGAUACUUUUGGAUCAAUCGUGUUAGCGAUUAAAAAAUAUUGUAAUACAAAAUUCUUUUUUCCAGUCUCACAAAUGGCAGCCUCUAAUCCCCUGUAUUUCAGACCGCCUUCCCCCUCCGGCACCUUCAAUUCCCAUGAAUCCCCUGGAAUUUCCUCAAACUUCAGGAGCCCCUCAAAUCUUCUGGCCGAGUCAAGAUUACUGUUUAAUCCCUUACAGUAAUCCCUCCGAAAGUUCCCCUUCCCAGAGCUCGGUGUCCUCAUUGGGGUCGGCGCUUGGCCACGCGAUCAAUCACUCCGGACAUUUGAAUUAA